UAUUUCGCAAGGGCUGAGAGGAAGCCAUUUCCCCAUCAACUGACCAGAGCCAAGAAAGAGAAACAAAAAAGUUCUGGUAGCUUUUCUCUUCAGGUCCGCAGGAUUGUAAGACCAGAAAACCAAGCCGUGGGACAGGAAGUGAGUUGUGGCAACAAGGGUGUAUCAGGACCCACAAGAAGCCACACAGCUGCUCACUGCCUCCGGUCAACGCCUUUCUCUGAAGAAGCCCUGCCUGAGCUGAGGAUGGAGGGAGCCAAGAGGGGCAUGAUGCUGACCAUGACCCAUGUGCUAGUGUUCGGUGCUUGGCUGGCAGCACAGAGCGAAGCUACACCAAGCAGCCCCACAAUCUCCAUCUUCCUGAAGCCACCUGGGGUGAUCCCACCAGGAGGCUCUACCACCAUCUGCUGCAGUUGCCAGUGUGACAAUGGGAACUUCGUGCUGUAUAAGAAUGGUUACCAGCUCCUUACCCUGGAGCUGCAUGACAGCAGGGCCGAGUUCUCCAUCUCUAAUGCCACCCAAGAGGAUGCAGGUCCAUACAGCUGCCAUUACCUAGAUGGUGGGACUGUGCUGUCUCGCAGUGAGACCGUGGAUGUCAUGGUGCAAGAGUUCCACCUGCCCAAACCUGUCCUCUCUGUUCUGCCUGGGCAAGAGGUGGCUGCAGGAGCUCACGUGGCUUUCUAUUGCACCAUUGCACACUCCAGUGCUAGCUGCUUCCUGUACCUGGAGGGCCAGAACAAAGCAGAAUUAUUCUCAAAGGAACAAGGCGAUUUCAACCUCUCUCAUGUACGUAAAGGUAAUGGGGGCCGCUACAGCUGCCAGUGUUACACCAAGGGUGCUUCUUUCAAGUGGUCCGCUGUCAGCAAGACCCUGGAUUUGGUGGUGAAAGAUUACACCUGGAACAACGUGGUGCGCCUGGUCCUGGGGGUCGCGGUCCUAGUCCUGCUGGGGAUGAUGGUGGCUGAGGCCGCGCACAGGCCCGGGCCCCGCUAGGCCUCUGCCCCGCGGGGAAGCGGCCGCGCUGCCCGCCCGCAGAGCUCCCGUGACCGCGCCGAACACGGGGACACGGAAACUCCCGCCCGGCGGCUGCGUGCGGUGAAUAAACGAGCCCUCCC